AAAAAGGUGGACGUGCUACAAGACGAAUGUACGCAUUUACGAAAGUUUUCCCUGGAUGCUCAGCGAGCUGUCACCCAAAAAUCAUCAAUGGUCGACGAAAGUACCCAAGUUUCUCAAGAUAUUGGUGGAUUGGAGAAGUCAAUUGUACAGCAGCUUCCGCCUGACGAGCCCUCUGAACAUCCGUCCUUCCGUACUGGGUUAAAACGAACCGUAACUCUACCACCACAACGUCCCUCCGAACGCAUCCAAUCAGCACCCAACCGUUCUCGGACGCCGCUUCCUAUCGGUUUUUGUUCCCCACAGCCCACUAGAGCCAACCGGUCCGAGUCGGAGAAACUGGAAGAGGAAAUAAAAAGUCUGAAUAUCGUUCUGCAACUUAAGAGUCAUGAGCUCGUUGAACUUCGGCGCAAGACAAUGGAACAGGAACAGCAGCUUGAGGAAUACAACGGACUAAAAUACGAGGUGAACCAGCUGCUUCACAAGAAUGAAAACCUGAAAGCGCUCCUGGAACUCCAGAUAGAGGAGAAGAAGUAA